AUGAACGAGUCACUUGUGGACGGUACGACAGAAAGAGUCGCCGAUAGCUUCAAAGAAGCAUUUGAAAAGAAUGAUGAAUUCAAUUUGAGCUCCAGACCGAGAAACUACUCCCGUCAGUUUUUCUCCAUGUACCAGCACAGACUCUCCGUAUUGAAGCCUAGGGUGGAUCUGGUUGCCAUGGAGAAGUGGGGGCACAAUACGAGACGCGUUGACGGCCAGAAGAUCCAGCGAAAAGACAGGAUCUUGGAUAUCUCUGGUGGCGAGUUGUGCUGGGUUUCUGGAACGGUCUUCACGGAGAUGAAAAACAAGCUUGAUAUAUUCAAGGACGUGGAGCAUGGAACAGACGACGUUAUGCCCAAAACGCCUGCUAGCUAUAUUGGCAACGAGGCUAGCAUUGUCAUGUUGGAGGAUGAGAGUGGUAGGGCCAUUUUGCAUAACGAGAACCUCUUGGCUAACUCCAGAGUAGUGAGUGGUGUGAUUGUCGCUGUUUUGGGAAUCGAGAUCCAGGCGGGCAUUUUUGAGGCAAUGGAGAUUAUUUAUCCUACACCAGCUCCACAAAAACCGCUCUCCACAUCCGAUCUGGACAGAUACAUUGCAUUGGUGUCGGGCCUUAAAUUCCAGAAAGAAACCGACUGCGACUUGAAGACCGUGCUUUUACAGCAAUGGCUCUGUGGAGAAGCAGGAAGCGCUGAAGACGUCGCUCUAGCUAGCAAAGUGUCUAGAGUCAUCCUCGCAGGUAAUUCAUUGGAGGAAUUUGAGGAAGACACCGAGCGGGCGAAAGACGACUUUGGCUCCAAGAAUACCUCCCACUUCAAGGCAGAGUCCUUGGUGCUUUUCAACGCAUGGCUUCUGUCGAUCGUGGCUCUGAUUCCCGUGACUAUCAUGGCAGGUCCCAAGGACCCAGCUGAAAUCUGCAUGCCUCAACAGGCGCUCCAUCGUUCCUUGCUAGGAAUCAACGCUAGGUACACGGGAGCUUUGGCCACUGACCCUGUGCAAAAUGUGACGAAUCCAGCCUGGAUGGAGAUGGAGAACGGACUCCGUAUCCUAGGCUCCGCAGGACAGAACAUCACCGACAUCACCAAAUACUACCCACCUGAGCUGGAAGUUGCACCUUCGGAGAUCUUGUCCAAGACGCUACUCUGGCAGCAUGUGGCUCCUACAGCACCAGAUACGCUCUACUGCUACCCAUACGACGAUGCUGACCCAUUUGCACUCGAAGAGACGCCGCACUUAUACUUUGCUGGAAACCAAAGCGAGUUUGGCAGUCGAAAGGUGCAAUUGGGCGACUUUGAGUCUACAGUAGUGAGCUUGCCAGAGUUUGCAGAGACAGGGCAGAUGGUGUUGGUCAACACUAGCACGUUGGAGGUGAAGGUGAUUGAAUUUGGCGUCUAG